GAGAAGGUCCGCAGCGUCCCGGAAUUACGGUGGCCCCGGCCAGCCGCCGCAGCGUCUGUCCUCCUUGUGCAGCCGCUGCUGCACCCCGGGACGGGCAGGUCUCGGGGACGGGCUUGGGGCCGGAGGGCGAUAUGGCCCUGGUCGGGAGAGUCCGCAGGGCCUCGCGUGUCUAAUGACGCACCUCCAGCCACGUUACAAUGGCUGUGUCGUUUCUGGCCUCACCGACCGGUUAAGUAUGGGGCAGCGGCACCAGAUCGGCUCAGAGCUGAGGGCCGGGCGGGGCCGGGGGUGGGGGCGCCAGCCCGUGGGGUUUGGGUGUUUGGGGAGUUCCCAGUCGCAGGGGCUCCGGGAUCUACAAGUUUCCAAACUGGAUCGAAGGCGGACAGUGAACAGGCCCCAGACAACCAUGACUACUACUAAGGGAAUGGCCAUUGGCAUCGACCUGGGCACCACCUACUCGUGCGCGGGGGUGUUCCAGCACGGCAAGGUGGAGAUCAUCGCCAACGACCAGGGCAACUGCACCACCCACAGCUAUGUGGCGUUCACCGACACAGAGCGGCUGAUCAGGGAUGUGGCCAAGAACCAGGUGGCCAUGAAUCCCCAGAACACUGUCUUUGAUGCCAAACGUCUGAUUGGCCAGAAAUUUAAUGAUCCUGUUGUGCAGUCUGAUAUGAAACUUUGGCCUUUUCAAAUGAUCAAUGAAGGAGGCAAGCCCAAGGUGGUGGUGUCCUAUAAAGGGGAGAAUAAAGCUUUUUACCCUGAGGAGAUCUCUUCCAUGGUACUGACUAAGAUGAAGGAGACUGCAGAGGCCUUUUGGGGCCACUCUAUCACCAAUGCUGUGAUCACCGUGCCAGCCUAUUUCAAUGACUCUCAGUGCCAGGCCACCAAGGACACGGGUGUGAUUGCAGGAUUCAAUGUGCUCAGAAUCAUAAAUGAGCCCACAGCAGCCGCCAUCGCCUAUGGUCUGGAUAAAGCAGGGCAGGGAGAGAGACACGUCCUCAUCUUUGACCUUGGUGGAGGCACUUUUGACAUGUCCAUCCUGACCAUAGAUGACGGGAUUUUUGAGGUGAAGGCCACGGCCGGCGACAUGCACCUGGGCGGGGAGGACUUCGACAACAGACUCGUGAGCCACUUCGUGGAGGAGUUCAAGAGGAAGCACAAGAAGGACAUCAGCCAGAACAAGCGGGCCGUGCGGCGGCUGCGCACCGCCUGCGAGAGGGCCAAGAGGACGCUGUCGUCCAGCACGCAGGCCAGCCUGGAGAUCGACUCUCUGUUCGAGGGCAUCGACUUCUACACGUCCAUCACGCGGGCGCGCUUCGAGGAGCUGUGCUCGGACCUGUUCAGGGGCACACUGGAGCCUGUAGAAAAGGCUCUUCAGGAUGCCAAGAUGGAUAAGGCUAAGAUCCAUGACACUGUUUUAGUGGGCGGCUCCAUGCGCAUCCCCAAGGUACAGAGGCUGCUUCAGGACUAUUUUAAUGGCCGUGAUCUCAACAAGAGCAUCAACCCUGAUGAAGCAGUGGCCUAUGGGGCUGCAGUAAAGGCAGCAAUCUUGAUGGGGGACAAGUCUGAAAAGGUACAGGACCUGCUGCUGCUGGACGUGGCGCCCCUGUCGCUGGCGCUGGAGACGGCCGGGGGUGUGAUGACCAUCCUGAUCAAGUGCAACUCCACCAUCCCCACCAAGCAGACACAAAUCUUCACCACCUACUCGGACAACCAGCCCGGGGUGCUGAUCCAGGUGUACGAGGGCGAGCGGGCCAUGACGAAGGGCAACAACCUGCUGGGGCAUUUUGACCUGACUGGAAUACCUCCUCCUCCCGGGGGAGUCCCUCAGAUCGAGGUGACCUUCGACAUUGACGCCAACGGCAUCCUCAACGUCACGGCCACCGACAAGAGCACGGGCAAAGCCAACAAGAUCACCAUCACCAACGACAAGGGCCGGCUGAGCAAGGAGGAGAUCGAACACAUGGUUCUGGAAGCUGAAAAAUAUAAAGCUGAAGAUGAGGCCCAAAGGGAGAAAAUUGCUGCCAAAAAUGCCUUAGAAUCCUAUGCUUAUAACACGAAGAGUGCUGUAAGUGAUGAUGGUUUGAAGGGCAAGAUUAGUGAGUCCAAUAAAAAGAAAAUGCUGAGUAAAUGCCAAGAGGUCUUUUCCUGGCUGGAGGCCAAUCAAAUGGCUGAGAAAGAUGAGUUUGACCACAAGAGGAAAGAAUUGGAACGGAUAUGUAAUCCAAUCAUCACAAAGCUCUACCAGGGAGGAUGUACUGGGCCUGUGUGUGGAACAGGGUACACGCCCGGGAGGCCUGCAGCAGGCGGCCCUACCAUCCAAGAGGUAGAUUAAUGUUUUCUGGAACUAGAGGGUUCUAAGGUGCUUCUAGGUCAAUUUUAAUACUUUCCUCUUCAAACAUUCUUAUGAUUCCUGGAUUGACUGGACCUGAACCUAAGUUUCCUUUGGGAUUCUGAUGGAGAAGUCUCACAAAUCAUUCUUUCAUACUCCAACAUCCUGUCUGUGGCUCUAAAAUGGACUUUCUAAGGAAAACUAGGCCCCUCUGAACCAUCUGGGGAUUUGGAAUGUCUCAUAUAUUUCCAGACACAGCAAUUUCCUCCUUCCUGCAAGGAUGGUUGUCACUCCGUAAAUGUGUUCCUAAAGGAAAUUACUUCUGGUAUCUUUAGGCUAUGAGUGUACUUUGAGAAGUGAAGGGCAGAUAAUAGAGAACAUGUGCUCUCUGUGAGCUGGUUGUGAAUGAUUAAAUUGGUAAGGGGAAAGUA